UGACUUUCUGUUUCUCUUUCUUUAACUUCACUCAGAAGUCUUAAGCUGAUUAGACAGCUCUCAUGGACUCCAAAGUAGAGACCAUCUCCAGGCUUGCUCAAUGGAGAAUCGACACUUUCGGACCCUCCACCUACAAACGCUCAGACCCUUUUAAAAUGGGUAUCUGGAACUGGAUUUUAUCCAUUGAGAAGAGUCGUUACAUGUAUUUUCGUUUAUUCCCGGAGCUGUCUCGGGUGUCUAAGGAGCAGCCUCCGGAAGCCCGAUUUGUUUUACGGGUCACGACUACAGGCACAAAUCGCAAGCCAUAUAUUUCUCCAAUUCAUGAGCGACUGCUUCGGACAAGUGAUGAUUUUGUCUGGCCUAUUGAUACUACGUUUCAGGGUCGGUUCGUCAUUGAUGUUGAGUUUCUGGACCUGAAAAUAUACCCCUUAAAUGGUGGAGAAGCCAAUCCUAUAUGGCCUAGUGAUGGUGUCAUGCAGUCUUUGGCAACCCAAAGCACCCUCCGAUGCCUUUCUCGCAUGCUUUUUGAGGGUAUCCAUGCUGAUGUCAUCAUCAACACUGCUGAUGGAACUGUUCGUUCUCAUAAGGCAAUUCUUUCUGCAAGUUCUCCUGUUUUCCAUAGUAUGUUCCUUCAUAAUCUGAGGGAGAAAGAGUCCUCUACAAUUGACAUAGAAGACAUGUCUACAGAAUCUUGCACAGCCCUUCUUAGUUACUUGUAUGGGACCAUAAAACAAGAGGAUUUUUGGAAGCACAGGUUGGCAUUGCUUGGCACGGCAAACAAGUAUGACAUUGCUGACCUAAAAGAUGCUUGCGAGGAAAGUCUCUUAGAAGAUAUCAAUACCGGUAACGUUCUCGAGAGGUUGCAAGAGGCUUGGCUUUACCAACUCAACAAGUUGAAGAAAGGGUGUUUAAUGUACCUGUUUGAUUUUGGCAAAAUUUACGACAUCAAAGAUGAGAUAAGUAACUUCUUCAGGCAGGCAGAUAGAGAAUUAAUGGUAGAGAUGUUUCAGGAAGUGCUUACAGCAUGGAAACCAGCAUAAAAAACAACAGUAGUUUCCCUCUUAUCAGGUGCCAUCACCAUCUGUGUACAAUAGAUAUGGUUAUGCAUUACCAAGUUUAGUCAUAUGAGUAUAGUAUACUGUGCUGUCUAAUUUUGAGUCAUCCAUAGCUCUGGGGGCUAGGAAAUCUAACACCAGCUGUGAGAUUGUGUGUGUAAUACGAUGUGAAUCGCAGAAACUCAAGUUUUAUGUAAAUGAAGCAGUUCUUAAUAGAGCCUAAUAUGA